GAGAACGUGGGAGAGAGGAAGAGGGCAAGAACCGCAAACAAGGGGAAAGACAGUAAUCAAGGCCAUGACAGAGGCCUGGGAUGUGGCAGUGUUUGCUGCUCGGCGGCACAACGAUGAUGAAGAUACCACUAAGGAAACUUUAUUUGCUUAUACCAACAGCAACAAUACCCGUGACCCUUUUGAAGGUCCAAACUAUCAUAUUGCACCACGAUGGGUCUACAACUUAACUUCACUCUGGAUGAUCUUUGUUGUCAUUGCCUCAGUCUUUACCAAUGGUUUGGUAUUGGUGGCCACAGCCAAAUUCAAGAAAUUACGGCAUCCGCUCAACUGGAUUUUGGUGAACUUGGCUAUAGCUGAUUUGGGUGAAACAGUUAUUGCUAGCACCAUCAGUGUCAUCAACCAGAUCUUUGGCUAUUUCAUCCUUGGCCAUCCUUUGUGUGUUUUGGAGGGUUAUACUGUCUCUGCUUGUGGCAUUACAGCUCUCUGGUCUUUGGCCAUUAUUUCCUGGGAGCGCUGGGUUGUUGUUUGCAAACCUUUUGGAAAUGUCAAGUUUGAUGCUAAAAUGGCUCUUGGUGGUAUUUUCUUCUCCUGGAUAUGGUCUUGUACCUGGACAGCACCACCAAUCUUUGGCUGGAGUAGAUACUGGCCCCAUGGUCUGAAAACAUCAUGUGGUCCAGAUGUAUUCAGUGGCAAUGAAGAUCCAGGUGUCCAGUCUUACAUGAUUGUCCUGAUGAUUACCUGUUGUGCAAUUCCCCUGAGCGUCAUCAUUAUUUGUUACUUGCAAGUGUGGAUGGCUAUCCGUGCGGUUGCAGCCCAGCAGAAAGAGUCAGAAUCCACACAGAAGGCUGAGAAGGAAGUGUCAAGGAUGGUAGUGGUCAUGAUCCUUGCCUACAUUGUCUGCUGGGGACCAUAUACAUUUUUUGCCUGUUUUGCUGCUGCCAAUCCAGGCUAUGCCUUUCACCCCCUGACAGCUGCCAUGCCUGCCUUCUUUGCAAAAAGCGCCACCAUUUAUAACCCAAUUAUCUAUGUCUUCAUGAACAGACAGUUCCGUAAUUGCAUAAUGCAGCUCUUUGGCAAGAAAGUGGAUGAUGGUUCUGAACUUUCUACUUCCCGCACUGAAGUCUCAUCUGCCUCUAACUCUUCUGUAUCACCGGCAUAAGAGCUCUUUCUUGAUAUAUAUCAAGACAGUUCUGCCUCCCAGGAGAGCCCUAGUGAGAAUUUCUCCUUCUUUCCGCAGCAUAUGGAUUCCCUAUGCAUAUCUAACAUAUUGGGCUGCUAUUGCACAAACCCGUUCCUUGGACUUAAGACUGUGACCCAGGUUGGGUGCUUCUAUUUCUCCUAGGGAGAGGGAGGUGUUUCCGCUUUCCUUUCAGAAUUGAUUAAGAGAUGGCAAUGAAAAGGUCAUAUCUCUAUAUUCAAAUAUUCCAUCAGUCUGAUAUUUUCCUGGGGAUUCAGAGGUUGUUUUGAUUGUUGAUUUCAUCCCCUAUCAUUGUAUCUUUAAUUAAUCUUUCACUUAUCCUUUGGACUGCAAGAGAGGCAGAACAAAGGGGGCUCCUGUGGAAAGUUUAUGACUUUUGUGAAGCAAGUCUAUCCCUCCCCCCUUUUUUUAUAUAG